AUGGAAACCACUGGGGUUAUGCAAAAAAUCAUUAAAGCUUUCUGCUACUUUUCGGUCUCAAUUGAACGUUUUUUUCUACUACAGAGUUUCAUCUACGAGGAAAAUUUCGAGAGGAGGCCGCUCCUGCUUGACGGGAAUUCGGGCUCUUAUCAGUCACUGGUGGACGGUGAGAUGGGUGGUCAUGGCAGGCAUGCACUAACAGUUCAAGCCGGAGAUGAAGUUCUACAACUUUAUGCCUACAAAAUUGAUCGAUGGAAGACGGUGAUCUACUAUAUACUUACCAUUUGUACACUUGGAAUUUUCCGACUUAUACUACAUUGGCGUCAAGACUGGUAUAUCAAAGUUAGAGCGUCACGAUGUUCACAUGACGUUGCUGAUUACAUUAAUGUGAUAGAUGAGCAUAGUGUGGAGGCAUUUCGACCGAUUCGUUAUCACGCAGCCGUCGGCGGUAUAUCGCCUGUGCUUCCAACGGGUGACGGGACCAUGCAAGAGGUGGACUCUAUACGAUACUUUACAUUUCGAAAAUUAAAAUAUGUAUGGCGGUCCGAAGUCGAGGCAUGGAUAGCUCCAGCUGAUCUCGAUGGGCAGAUCCCUUUGGUGCAUUUUCAUUCACAAGCGGCAUCUGGAAAAGGUCUAUCAGAAGGCGAUGUUAGUCGCCGACAGGUUACCUAUGGAAAGAAUUGCAUCGAAGUCAAGCUCAAGCCUAUUAUUGUUCUACUUUUUAUGGAAGCGAUUUCACCAUUUUAUAUCUUUCAAGUUUUCAGUGUUUCCAUUUGGUUUUCCGAUAAUUACGAGUACUACGCUUCAAUUAUAGUGGUUAUGUCUGUGAUGUCAAUUGCAAUAGAUGUCUAUCAAACGAGGAGUCAAGAGAAGAAGCUACGAUCUAUGGUCCAAUCGUCCAACGAGGUGCAGGUGGUACGUGAAGAAACUGUAAAGACAAUCAAUAGUGAAGAACUCGUGCCCGGAGAUAUCUUUCUCGUACCGGCUCAUGGAGGUAUUAUGCAGUGUGAUGCUGUGUUAAUGAAUGGCACAGCAAUCGUGAAUGAAAGCAUGCUGACAGGGGAAUCCGUCCCUAUCACUAAGGUACCGUCAGUGGCGUUGACUGCUGUUCACGAAGACGAAGAGGACAUGCGAUUCUGUUUCGAGAAGCACUCAAAGCACAUACUGUAUUGUGGUACCCAGGUGUUGCAGACACGGUACUAUCAAGGGAAACAGGUCAAGGCGAUCGUACUCAGAACGGCAUACGCAACUCUUAAAGGACAACUGGUACGAUCUAUUAUGUAUCCAAAGCCGAUCGAUUUCCGAUUCACGAAGGAUCUGUUCAAGUUCGUCGCUUUCCUGUUCUGUAUUGCACUGGUUGGAUUCGCCUAUACAAUCACCAUAAUGAUUCGAAGGGGUGAACCAGUCCGAAAAAUUAUUGUGCGGUCGCUGGACAUCAUUACAAUUGUUGUACCACCAGCCCUCCCUGCUGCUAUGUCCGUUGGCAUUAUCAACUCCAAUCUUCGAUUGCGUAAAAAAGAAAUAUUUUGUAUAUCUCCGUCGACAAUCAACACAUGUGGUGCGAUCAAUGUUUGCUGCUUCGACAAGACCGGAACGCUUACUGAAGAUGGUCUGGAUUUUCAAACAUUGCGUGGUGUGACGCGGGCGAAUGGGGCGGGGUCUCCCACAUUUACUGAGGAAAAAGAAGAGAUGAAACCCAAUGAUUUGCCGUCAGAUGGAGAACUAAUUACUGCCAUUGCAACUUGCCAUUCGUUGACUAAAAUAGAUGGAGAGCUGCACGGAGACCCACUUGACCUAAUUCUCUUCAAUCAAACCGGUUGGACUCUGAUGGAAUCAGCAGACGAUGAAGCUGACAGUGAAGUGCAAAUCUUCGACAGCAUUCAGGACUCAUACAGGCCAACCCAGAAACUAGAGGAACAUGUAAAAGUGAUGACCCGCUCCUCUCUCCAACGAAUGUCUGUGAUCGUAUCAAACCCUCGUGAUGAGUCAACUCAUAUGACCCUGUACUGCAAAGGAUCGCCGGAAAUGGUGCUGACGCUUUGUGAUCCAGCAACAGUACCAGAUGACUACUUGGCACAAGUAAACUUAUACGCACAACAUGGCUAUCGAUUGAUAUCCGUGGCAAAAAGGAACUUGGAAAUGAACUACGUGAAAGCUUCAAAGGUACCUCGUCAUAUGGUCGAGUGCGGUUUGGAACUUUUGGGUCUCGUGGUGAUGGAAAAUCGGGUGAAACCAGUUACUUUAGGAGUUAUCAAUCAGUUAAACAGAGCUCAUAUCCGAACGGUAAUGGUGACAGGCGAUAACUUGCUCACGGCUCUGAGUGUUGCUCGUGAGUGUGGGAUCAUUCGGCCGAAUAAGCUCGCCUACCUGGUCGAGCAUCGUACGGACAUGUUCGAUGAUAAAGGACGUCCACUGCUCACUCUUAGGCAGGCUGUGUCUAGUUCUGAAAAAACGAUUGAGGGUGAGGACUCGUCACAGGCUUCGGUUGAGCUCGGAAAAAGGCACUUUCUAGAGAGCUGCUAUCAACUUUCUAUCUCAGGUCCAACAUUCGCCGUGCUCGUUCACGAGUAUCCUGAGUUACUUGACAGACUUGUGGCUGUGUGUGAUGUGUUCGCCAGAAUGGCACCCGAUCAGAAGCAACAGCUCAUAAAUCAUCUCCAAGAGAUUGACUAUACUGUGGCCAUGUGUGGUGACGGAGCCAACGACUGUGCAGCAUUGAAAGCUGCACAUGCAGGAAUUUCACUUUCCGAUGCAGAAGCUUCAAUCGCUGCUCCGUUCACAUCAAAGAUUGCUGAUAUUCGCUGUGUACCGACGGUGAUUCGAGAAGGUCGUGCAGCUCUUGUGACGUCAUUCGGCGUGUUCAAGUACAUGGCAGGAUACUCGUUGACACAGUUUUCCUCCAUUAUGCUGCUGUACUGGAUUUCAACCAACUUGACCGAUUUUCAGUUCCUCUACAUAGACAUGUUUCUUAUCACUUUGGUUGCUCUAUUCUUCGGUAACACACCAGCGAGUGAUUGUCUGAGCCCGAAUCCUCCACCGACACGCCUUCUUUCGCUCGCUAGCGUCACAUCGGUAUGCGGUCAACUGAUAAUCAUGGCAAUCACUCAGCUCUAUGUCUUUAUGUCAACAUCAUGGCAACCCUGGUUCAUCCCGUAUUCAGUACCAGUUGGUGACGAUGAAGAGGAUAAGAGGAGCAUGCAGGGUACUGCCUUGUUCUGUGCCACUACGCUCCAAUACAUAACGCUAGCGCUCAUCAACAGCAAAGGAGAACCGUACCGAAAACCAUUAUUUUUCAACCUGCCCUUGUGCAUUACUCUCCUGGUGGUGACAGUGGUGUCCCUGUAUAUAACCCUGUGGCCGCCUGGCUUCAUCAUCAGCUUUUUGGAAUACGAUCCAAUACCGUAUUUCGAGAAUCGACUCUUCCUCGUUUUUAUAGCUCUCAUUUGUGCUGUAGUAUCUUAUCUCUUCCAGUAUGGUGUGGUUGAGUUCUUAAUACUGGAACUCCGAGAGAAAUGGCUGAGACAUCGUCGUAUCAAAGAUCCGCAGGCGAAUCAUGAGAAGUUUGAACGACUACUGUUUGAUAUCGGACAAGAACCAGCAUGGUUACGCAGCUAUACCCGAUCACAACAAAAGCAAAACGGGAAAGAGCGGACAGGCUCUUGGAAAGAUCAAACAACAACAGUCUAG